AUGGACUGUUGUGGCCCGUCCUCCGCCCCCGACCCUCUCCUCUCUCACUACUGUCUCUUCUACCUUCAGACCCUCUCCUCUCACUACUUUCUCCUCUACCUUCAGACCCUCUCCUCUCUCACUACUGUCUCCUCUACCUUCAGACCCUCUCCUCUCUCACUACUGUCUCCUUUACCUUCAGACCCUCUCCUCUCUCACUACUGUCUUCUCUACCUUCAGACCCUCUCCUCUCACUACUUUCUCCUCUACCUUCAGACCCUCUCCUCUCUCACUACUGUCUCCUCUACCUUCAGACCCUCUCCUCUCACUACUGUCUUCUUUACCUUCAGACCCUCUCCUCUCUCUCUCUACUGUCUUCUUUACCUUCAGACCCUCUCCUCUCUCUCUCUACUGUCUCCUUCACCUUCAGACCCUCUCCUCUCUCACUACUGUCUCGUUCACCUUCAGACCCUCUCCUCUCACUACUGUCUCCUUUACCUUCAGACCCUCUCCUCUCUCACUUCUGUCUCCUCUACCUUCAGACCCUCUCCUCUCUCACUACUGUCUUCUCUACCUUCAGAUCCUCUCCUCUCUCACUACUGUCUCCUCUACCUUCAGACCCUCUCCUCUCUCUCUCUACUGUCUUCUUUACCUUCAGACCCUCUCCUCUCUCUCUCUACUGUCUCCUUCACCUUCAGACCCUCUCCUCUCUCACUACUGUCUUCUUUACCUUCAGACCCUCUCCUCUCACUACUGUCUUCUUUACCUUCAGACCCUCUCCUCUCUCUCUCUACUGUCUCCUUCACCUUCAGACCCUCUCCUCUCUCACUACUGUCUCGUUCACCUUCAGACCCUCUCCUCUCUCACUACUGUCUCCUCUACCUUCAGAUCCUCUCCUCUCUCACUACUGUCUCCUCUACCUUCAGAUCCUCUCCUCUCUCACUACUGUCUCCUUUACCUUCAGACCCUCUCCUCUCUCACUACUGUCUCCUCUACCUUCAGACCCUCUCCUCUCUCACUACUGUCUCCUUUACCUUCAGACCCUCUCCUCUCUCACUACUGUCUCCUCUACCUUCAGACCCUCUCCUCUCUCACUACUGUCUCCUCUACCUUCAGACCCUCUCCUCUCUCACUACUGUCUCCUUUACCUUCAGACCCUCUCCUCUCACUACUGUCUUCUUUACCUUCAGACCCUCUCCUCUCUCUCUCUACUGUCUUCUUUACCUUCAGACCCUCUCCUCUCUCUCUCUACUGUCUCCUUCACCUUCAGACCCUCUCCUCUCUCACUACUGUCUUCUUUACCUUCAGACCCUCUCCUCUCACUACUGUCUUCUUUACCUUCAGACCCUCUCCUCUCUCUCUCUACUGUCUCCUUCACCUUCAGACCCUCUCCUCUCUCACUACUGUCUCGUUCACCUUCAGACCCUCUCCUCUCUCACUACUGUCUCCUCUACCUUCAGACCCUCUCCUCUCACUACUGUCUCCUCUACUACCUUCAGACCCUCUCCUCUCUCACUACUGUCUCCUCUACCUUCAGACCCUCUCCUCUCUCACUACUGUCUCCUUUACCUUAGACCCUCUCCUCUCUCACUACUGUCUCCUCUACCUUCAGACCCUCUCCUCUCUCACUACUGUCUCCUUCACCUUCAGACCCUCUCCUCUCUCACUACUGUCUCCUUCACCUUCAGAGCCUCUCCUCUCUCACUACUGUCUCCUUUACCUUCAGAUCCUCUCCUCUCUCACUACUGUCUCCUCUACCUUCAGACCCUCUCCUCUCACUACUGUCUCCUCUACCUUCAGACCCUCUCCUCUCUCACUACAUGUCUCCUCUACCUUCAGACCCUCUCCUCUCUCACUACUGUCUCCUUCACCUUCAGACCCUCUCCUCUCUCACUACUGUCUCCUUUACCUUCAGAUCCUCUCCUCUCUCACUACUGUCUCCUUUACCUUCAGACCCUCUCCUCUCUCACUACUGUCUCCUUUACCUUCAGACCCUCUCCUCUCUCACUACUGUCUUCUUUACCUUCAGACCCUCUCCUCUCUCACUACUGUCUUCUUUACAUUCAGACCCUCUCCUCUCUCUCUCUACUGUCUCCUUCACCUUCAGACCCUCUCCUCUCUCACUACUGUCUUCUUUACCUUCAGACCCUCUCCUCUCUCUCUCUACUGUCUCCUUCACCUUCAGACCCUCUCCUCUCUCACUACUGUCUCGUUCACCUUCAGACCCUCUCCUCUCACUACUGUCUCCUCUACCUUCAGACCCUCUCCUCUCUCACUACUGUCUCCUCUACCUUCAGAUCCUCUCCUCUCACUACUGUCUCCUUUACCUUCAGACCCUCUUCUCUCUCACUUCUGUCUCCUCUACCUUCAGACCCUCUCCUCUCUCACUUCUGUCUCCUCUACCUUCAGACCCUCUCCUCUCUCACUACUGUCUUCUCUUCCUUCAGAUCCUCUCCUCUCUCACUACUGUCUCCUCUACCUUCAGACCCUCUCCUCUCUCACUUCUGUCUCCUCUACCUUCAGACCCUCUCCUCUCUCACUACUGUCUCCUCUACCUUCAGACCCUCUCCUCUCUCACUUCUGUCUCCUCUACCUUCAGACCCUCUCCUCUCUCACUACUGUCUCCUCUACCUUCAGACCCUCUCCUCUCUCACUACUGUCUCCUUCACCUUCAGACCCUCUCCUCUCUCACUACUGUCUCGUUCAUCUUCAGACCCUCUCCUCUCUCACUACUGUCUCCUCUACCUUCAGACCCUCUCCUCUCACUACUGUCUCCUCUACCUUCAGACCCUCUCCUCUCUCACUACUGUCUCCUCUACCUUCAGACCCUCUCCUCUCUCACUACUGUCUCCUCUACCUUCAGACCCUCUCCUCUCACUACUGUCUCCUCUACCUUCAGACCCUCUCCUCUCUCACCACUGUCUCCUCUACCUUCAGACCCUCUCCUCUCUCACUACUGUCUCCUCUACCUUCAGACCCUCUCCUCUCACUACUGUCUCCUCUACCUUCAGACCCUCUCCUCUCUCACUACUGUCUCCUCUACCUUCAGACCCUCUCCUCUCUCACUACUGUCUCCUUCACCUUCAGACCCUCUCCUCUCUCACUACUGUCUCCUUUACCUUCAGAUCCUCUCCUCUCUCACUACUGUCUCCUUUACCUUCAGACCCUCUCCUCUCUCACUACUGUCUCCUUUACCUUCAGACCCUCUCCUCUCUCACUACUGUCUUCUUUACCUUCAGACCCUCUCCUCUCUCACUACUGUCUUCUUUACCUUCAGACCCUCUCCUCUCUCUCUCUACUGUCUCCUUCACCUUCAGACCCUCUCCUCUCUCACUACUGUCUUCUUUACCUUCAGACCCUCUCCUCUCUCUCUCUACUGUCUCCUUCACCUUCAGACCCUCUCCUCUCUCACUACUGUCUCCUCUACCUUCAGACCUCUCCUCUCUCACUACUGUCUCCUUUACCUUCAGACCCUCUCCUCUCUCACUUCUGUCUCCUCUACCUUCAGACCCUCUCCUCUCUCACUUCUGUCUCCUCUACCUUCAGACCCUCUCCUCUCUCACUACUGUCUUCUCUUCCUUCAGACCCUCUCCUCUCUCACUACUGUCUCCUCUACCUUCAGACCCUCUCCUCUCUCACUUCUGUCUCCUCUACCUUCAGACCCUCUCCUCUCUCACUACUGUCUCCUCUACCUUCAGACCCUCUCCUCUCUCACUACUGUCUCCUUCACCUUCAGACCCUCUCCUCUCUCACUACUGUCUCCUCUACCUUCAGACCCUCUCCUCUCUCACUACUGUCUCCUCUACCUUCAGACCCUCUCCUCUCUCACUACUGUCUUCUUCACCUUCAGACCCUCUCCUUUAUUGGUGGUACUGUGGGGAAAUGUCAGUGUUGCAUCACUAG